AUGGCCACUUUAAACCCUUUUGGGCUUCUGGGUGAUGAUGAUGCCGAGGACCCAUUGCAGCUUCUUGCUGCCCAGCAGAAAGCUGCGGCGCCAACUCCAGCUAGGGCUCCUGCUCAAUUGAAAAAAGGUCCGGUUAAAACUGAACCGGAGGCUAAGUUGCCGACCAAGCCAGCUCCUCCGGCACAGGCUGAUCUAGCAGAUCUCACGAACAAGAAGAAAGUCCUUCAAGAAAGAUCAUAUGGGUUUUCUUCAAUAUUGAAGAAAACAUUAGGAACCCAAGUGAGAAGUGAGAUGAAAAGCGGUGAUCUCUCGGACAUUGACAUAGCAGCAGUUUCAAUAUUGAAGCCAACCCAUAUGAUCUUGGAUUGGCUUCAAUACUGCUGCCAUGUCAACGACGUCCGAGAGCUCACCGUUUUUCAUCUCACUUAUGUUCUUAAUGUUUUCUUCAAUAUCAUAUUGAAGCCAACCCAUAUGAUCUUCAAGUUCUUGAAGGACUUUCUUCUUGUUCGUGAGGUCGGCUGA